AAUAUAUCCCGGCACACAACAAUGAAUGAGCCCCGCUGAAAAAUCACCGCUCAGGAAUGCCAAACAGUUCAAUUGAAAAGCCUCAAAGAUCAUUAUAAAGAGGGCGUAUGCACGCUGGCGAUUCGUGCAUUUCGCGCGCGUUUUCGCCUCCCACGAAGUUUUCAUUCAAAUUAAAAGGAUUGGAGGCAUCAUGGCGGAAGGCGGGAAGGAGCAAGGAGAAAAUAUUUCGAAAAGAUUUGUUAAAAUAUAGAGCAACAGGUGAUAUGAUCGACUUAGAAAAGUUUAUUAAGUUCAUCUAGUAUUAACAGAGUCGUUCAUUCGGCUCUUCAAAUGGAAAGAUGAGCACAAAGGUGAGGUUUGUGGUGGAUGGAUCUGGUGAACAGGAUUUGAUGUUAAAAGCAGCUCAGUCUGUUCAGAGUGCCCGUCUACCAACAGAGAAAAUCACUAGUAAAGAUGUCUUGCAGCUGAAAAGCAAGGACAAACACCUCUACGUCUGUGGUCAGUUCUUGGGUGAAGCAUUUGAUCACUUGGUCAAUAUAAAAUGCAGGAUCGUUGGUCCCCAGUGUGUGAUAUCUUGUCUAGAGCUUCAGAAAGCUGUUCCCAAUGUCCCUCAUCCAAUCAACAACAUAGCCAUGCAAGAUGUGGUCGUCAGCUGCUCAAGCAUUGAGAGGGCACAGAGGGCUCGAAUCCAUCAGCUGUUAGAAUGGAUGGGUGGAAAGGUCUCCAAGGACCUUACUGAGAUAGUAACUCACCUGGUCGUAGGAGAAGUUGGCUCCAAGAAGUAUCAUGUUGCUGCUAAUCUGAAGAAGCAAAUAAUGCUGCCAGAAUGGAUAGAAGUAGCAUGGGAAGAGAGCCAAACCAAACACUUCAGUGCGAAAUCCGAGGAAUUCCAUAGUAGAUACAGAUGUCCUGCAUUCAAAGGCUGUAUCAUCUGUGUGACGGGGGUUGAGGCAUCACAGAGACAAGAUGUCAGGCAGCGUGUACCUGAAUGCGGUGGUUACUACACUGGAGAGCUGAAGUACAAUGAGUGUACCCAUCUCAUCGUAGGGGCUGCAAGAGGUCCAAAGUUCGAAUUUGCUAGGAAGUGGAAGAUUCAUACUGUUUCUAUCAAUUGGUUUUAUGACAGUGUAGAAGCUGGUUACUGUCUGGAUGAACAACUCUACAAUGUACUUUCACAGGAACAACCAACAUCAACCCCAGUCAAGGCCAAUCAAGAACACCCAAGGCUUAGUACCCUUGGAAAUAUCAGUGCAAUAAACGUUAGCAGUAUCCAUCCCAUAGACGAGACGGCUGUAAGUGAUGCAAACAUCACCAUGGAAACGAGUCGACUUGUACCGCCUCUUCAACCUCAGGUUGGCUUAGCAGAGCUAGAAAAGCUCGAUCUUGCCACAUGUGAAGCAGAGAUGUUUCUUGAUGGAUGUAAGAUUUUCUUGAGCGGGUUCUCUGGGCAGCAUUUAGAGAAGCUUCGUAAAGUUGUGAAUGCAGGAGGUGGGACACGCUUUAAUCAGAUAAAUGAGAAUGUGUCUCAUGUCAUUAUUGGUAAAAGGAUAGAAGAUCACGUAACUGAGCUGAAAGAAUUAACAAACAGACCAUCCACAGUGUCCGUCCAUUGGUUGCUUGAGUGUGCUAAGCAAGGCAGACAGGUUUCUGAACAGGACUUUAUCUUAAAGGAUAUCUUGGAUGUCCAUGAGGCUGCUGAUAAGGAGAAUGAAAUCACUUUCAAACUCCCAGCGAAUCAAGUAAAGAGAGUGUCAAAAGUUGGAUCGAGAAAGAGAUCUGAUGAACAUGGAGAAGAAGAGGAUAUAUUGAGCCAGUAUUUACCAAAUGCUUCAUCUGCAGGUGGUGGUGACAACGACUCGACAAUGAUCCAGGAAGAAAAUGCAGACAGGACUCAUAGUGACGGGAAUAGAACCCAAGAAGAUGAUGACGAGACUCAGAUAGAUGAGAAUGAAGGAGUAGAGGAAGGAGAAGAUGGAGAGAAGGAUGGAAUCUUUGCUGGGAAGAAGUUUGUCGUUCUUGGUUUCCUUCCAGAGCAAGAGCGUAAUCUGUGUGAAAUGAUCCCGAGUCAAGCAGGAAUGGUCUUACCCUUCAACACCCGCUCCAUACCGGACUACGCGGUGGUUCCCAUCAUCGGAACCCUCGUCAACAUGACCGUAGGUGAGAUAGUCACCAACUGUUGGCUUCAGAUGUCCCUUGAGGUGGAGACACUGCUAGAACCCUCCAGCAACGAUCUCUUUACUCCUAUCCCUAUCAUGAAAGAAGCCAUGCCUCUCAGGAAUUGCGUCAUAUCAAUAAGUCAGUACAGCUUCGUAGAACGUGACUGUCUCCUUCACAUCGCCGAGUUGUUGGGAGCACAAUGCCAGGAGUACUUUGUGAGGAAAGCUAUAAACAACCUUGAAGCAAACACUCAUCUACUGCUAAGAGACCCAGAGGGUACCAAGUAUGUGGCUUCUAAGAAAUGGAAGGUCCCUGCCAUAACCAGACGAUGGCUUCUGGACUGCGCCAGAACAGGUAAAAAACAACCAGAGAAGAACUACCUUGUGGAUCUCACAAAAGAAGAACCAAGUGACAUGUCCACUUCUACUAAGGAGGAACCAUUACCACCAAAGAAACCAUUAUUACCUCCUGAGGAAACACCAAAAACCAAGGAAACCUCACCAGAACAAACAAAAACCAUUCCAAAGUCAGAGAAGCAACAAGAAAAGCCUCUUGAGGAUCAUCCUCAGAAGACACCAAAGAGUGUAACAAUCAAGGAGAGAUCUCCUGUGCAGGAUACAGGAGCAAGUACUCGGAACCAGAUUCCUAAAGCCACAACCCCUGCUGGACGACCUGUCAGGAACAAAACACUUGAGAUGGUGAAGCAACCAAUCGCAAACAAGAGCGUUGAACAGGUCAAAGGUCAGACUCCUGGUAAAGAGAGCACUCCAAGCAGGAUCUUACGUCCAGGUUUCAAACCCUCAUUUGAUCUGGAUGAUGCUGUAGCAGCUUUGGAUUCUCCUGGAAUGCCAGUAGGGAAGGGUCAUCGAAGGAAGUCAAGUCUGCCACUGGAGGAAUUCUUUCAUCAAAACAUCACCAAUGCCCUACAGAUGGGAAGUACUAAAGCAGGAAGGUCAGAAGAUGAAGAUGAUGACACUGUCUUCAAAGAAGAGGAGCCUGCACCAGGUAUUCUUCAUGGAGUUGUGAUCUGUGUGAGUAAGAAACUGAGCAGAAAGCAAGGAGAUUACAACGACAUUGCCAUGGCAUUGGGCGCCGAGUACCACUGGACCUACGAUGAGAAGUGCACUCAUUUUAUCUUCCAGGGCAAAGCCAAUGACACGGCCAAAGAAUUCCGUCUAGCCAAGAGCCAAGGGAAGAUCAUUGUUUCCUCGCACUGGUUGCUGGCUUGUCAAGAAGAAAAUAAGAGACUUGAUGAAACAUGCUAUCCACACACCUACAACCCAAAACUUAGUCUGUCGGUGGUUGCCUCCCAAGGUCGCACACCUGCUCGUUCAGUGAGGUCAAAGGUCACACCCGUUGCCGUGGCCACACCACUAGCCCCGAAACCGCCUCCACCUAAACCUCCACCAGCCGUUGAGAAGAAAGAAGACAUUGAAGCAGAUACCAUGUCCGAUGAUGAACUGUUGAGGGCGGUAGAGAACGAAGAGCAAAGCAAGACAGCAGGGGAUCAUGGGACUUCUAUUAAUCUUCAGAAACAGCUCGAGGACGUCAUGACAUCGACACUGAAUCUAAGGGGUAGUCGAAGACGUAGCCGGCGGCCUGGUAGCAGCGCUUCCAUCUCGUUGGCUGGAGAUACGACCAGUGCUGAUGACAGUAGCAAUGGGAGGAGAAGUACAAGGUCUAGGGUGAAGCGUGGAUCAGAGAAAAAGGAGGAAGGGGCUAGCAAAGAUUCAGGUCAACAUGUUGAGGCUUCUCAGAGUGUUCAGAUCACCUGGGAUGAUCCUACCAGCCGGAAGGAGAAAGCAAAGAUCAUGGCUCAGAUCAAACGAGCAGACAAUGGACUCGAUGAACCUGAGGAACAAGAUGGGGAGGAUGCCCAGCAGAUGGAAGAGCAAAUGGUUGAGGAUCAUGCGGAAACCAAGACCGAUGUAGCUCGACACGGUACAAGUAGUUCUCACAAACAUGAAGACAGCCCACCUAGUCCUACCCCUAAAGCUCCUCCUAUUAGACUACCCCCUGCAAGGCCCGCCGUGGCUCCACAACCAAUGGACGAUACGCAGGAUGAUCCACAACAAGAGGUUUUGACGAAGCAACCAGCGUUGCCUCCCAAGUUUCUGUUCACUGGAAUGGGAGCUCAUGAGAAGAUUGAUUAUAGCGCCCUCAUCGAAGAGCUUGGCGGAGAAGUCAAAGACGCUCAAUACUUUGAUGCCUCUUGCUCUCAUAUCAUUGUAGGUAAUCCAACCAGGAAUGAGAAGUAUCUGGCGGCUCUAGCUACCGGUAAAUGGGUUCUUCAUAAAUCCUACUUUGAGGCUUGCAGAGCAGAGAAGGGCUUUGUUGAGGAGGAACCUCACGAGUGGGGUAAUAGAACCGAUCUUAGUAAACUGAGUGAGACCGGUAAGAAGAUGGCUCGUGCUGCUACAAGAUGGAGGUGUCGGAUUCAGGAACAAGAAAAGAUGGGCUCAAGCAUUGGAGCGUUUGAUGGCUGGAAGGUCGUGCUGAUGGUUGAGAAGAGUAAAGAGAUGUGUUUCAAACGUCUUCUGGAAGCUGGUGGCGCUAAAGUCCUUGCUGUCAGACCUCCAUUUACCAACCAUCUUGAUGCUAGCCAUGCUUUCUUUGACCUUCAUAAGGUCAAAGUCACAGCCGAAGCGGUUGCCCUUGAUGAGUUGGUUCAGUCUGGUAUCAUGUGUUUGAAGCCUGAAUAUAUUGCUGAUUAUCUGGUCCUAGACCCAAGCCCAGAUCCAGAAAACUAUAUAAUCAGCGAAGCCAAGCCUAUCUUACAGAAGCUUGUGGAGCAAGCAGGACCAGCUACCAAACGCAGAGGAUCGGAGCUCGCUACAACGCCAAGAAGCAAACGAACAAGGCAUCGCUAGUAGGAGUUCAUGCAAUAUAUAUGAUCUGUGUGGUGUAUUUAUGGCCAACAGUUGUUAUUAAAUAAACACGGGACCACUAAACUUAUAAACAACAUCACUGGUAUCCAGGGUAAUCAGGGAAUUUCUAAGACUAUAGAUGAGAUUCUUCCUGAGCUAGCUACAACACUAAGAAGCAAGGGAACAGGGCAUCGCUAGAGAGACAUUGGAGAAUAUCUAGGAUCUGUGUGGCGUAUUGUUGCCAAAGCUAUGAUAUCUAGCAAAAAUGAGACCAAAUCAGUCCAAUAGAUUUUUUUAAAACCUUAGAAAAUCAGAAUAUUGCUGACAUUCAGGGAAUUCCUGAAGCAACUUGUCAGUUAUUUUCUUAACAAGUUUGUUCUUAGCCAAUCAGAUGAAAGUAGCUUAUAACAAAUAACAAUUAAAGUCAAAUGAUGCUCAUUCCGAGCUUGUCUUCAGUUCCCAGUGGGACGUGCUCACCGAUUUCUUCGCAGUGAAAAUCGUGAAUAUUUGUUUCAUAAAGUACUACCCAGAUUAGCUAGUCUAAAUGUCUACAUUGGGUGAUUUCUAGGUCGGUGUUGGCGUUGGUGUUGGAAGCACAAAUUGGAUUGCUUCCCGUAGAUCCAAAACCUAUUCUGAGUUUGUAAAACCGAACCAGAUCACAUUAUUGACAUCUCAACUAGUGAGUGACUUUUGCAGGACCAUCUUCAUUUUAUGUUUGGUGUUAUACUCGUGUACACCAUCACCAAAACGUCAACACUGAACUUGAAAUCACUCAUUUGGGAUUACUCCUAUCAUCCCUGAGAUCCCUUUUAUACUGGAUUGAAAUCGAUUGAGAGGAUUAUUAAUUUCAAUAUUUUCGUCUUUUUUAAGGUUUUAACUAAAUGCAAUGUACUUUUAAGUCAAGCACUGUGUAUACUGACCACUUCAAUGCACUGCAAUGGAAGAAAAGUAAUGAGGUAGAUUGUUAGCAUAGAUGUUUGAUUGUAAAGUGUACAUGUAUAUUGACUUUCAAGCAAGUAAUAAUUGAGUGAUUAUAAAUAUCGCCUUUUGCUUGCCUCAAAUAGAAAUAAGAAAUGCACAAUUAUGAAAUUACAGGAGGUAGAUGACUAUCCAGUAGCAAUAGAAGAAAUACAUGUAGCUUUCUCUUAAUUGAAUAUGUAUAUAUAGAGUACCGAAGUGUGAUGUCAGUUGCCAUGGUGUCAUGGCGGGCUGGUUCUCAACAGUCGCAGCUGACGAUCGUCUGUACACAUUUGUAUGACUUUGGCUCGUCUGAAAAAAUAGGUUGCAAGCGAUCAAAUUCCGAUAGCAGCCAUUUUCUCCUAUGAGAAACACACGCUUUCAUUCGGCGGGUUCAUUUGUUUAGAACCAGGCCGCCAUGAAACCAUGGCAACUGAUGUCAUCACUUCGAUACUCUAUAUGGCCCACAGAAACCUGUAUGACUCUGAUUGAGAAAUUGACUUUACAGCAGUAACAUUAUAUUCUACUUGAUCAAGUUAGUGUUUCAUAAAGCUGUUUCCCAUACUUAUUUAUAAACAUAAAUCACCACGUUUUUAUAAUAGUUGAGAUGUGAGAAUUUUGUGCCUUUGGUGUAAAAAGUUCAAUAAAUUUUUAUGUAUAUGCUACUUUUAUUAUGAAGAUAAAGGACUUUGAAUGUAAAUGAAUAAGCAAUGUUGUAAAUAUAUCUAUUAAUUAAUGAGAUUUUUAACCUGAUGAUUAUGUGAAUAAAAUGUACGGAUUAUAUAGAUUAA